AUGUGGAUGAAAGAGAGAAAGAGAGAGUGAGUUCCUCAUAAGUCAUCAGGACUGGAGGAGAUCUUCUCCUGACAGAAGAGACACAGACAUCAGACGAAGCUGAAUCUGCACAUCAGCUGAGAGCAACACGAGAAACGGCAGAGGAGUCUAGAAGGAACCCACUGGAGCAAACUGAGGAUAUCACUGACCUAACAUGAUGGAAGUUGUCCUUACCAGACUGCGGGACUUCUCCUGCAAGACCUCCACGUUUGAUGACUGUAAACCAGGAGGGCAGAGUGCGUGCAGGGAUCCUCGGAGCGGGACUGGGUACCUCGGUGAAGGCUGCACAGCUGGACAGGAAGGCAGAAAACUGGACAUAGAGAGUGCGCUGGCCUGGCUGCGAAGGGAACUGAUGGAGAUGCGAUCACAGGACCAAGCUCUGAUCCGGCAGCUGAUGGAGCUUCACUCCGGCAUCCAAGAGCUGAAGCAGGAGUUGUCUGAGGAGGAGCAAUUGGAAGAAACAGACGAGGAGGAGGAGGAGGAGAAGGAGGAGGAAGAGGGCAGCUACUGGGACUCUGAGAGUGAACGAGGAAGCGGCAGCGUCUACUGCAGUUCAGGGGAGGUGGGCUUGUCCGUUUCCUUCCUGAAGACGCCGCCAACCCUUUAUUCACGGGUUUUAUCAAAGAGGGCGUUCAGCAGGAGAAGCUCUGUGCCGUGAAAAUUCAAAGUAUCAGAGGAAAUCUCACUCGUCUCCUGAACUUCCUGGUAUCCUGUAAGAUGAAGACAAGGUGGAGCAAGAUAAAUAAAUUUGCGAUUUCCCGCCAUUUAUUCACUUCCUGUAUGGAUGAGUGUAGAAAAACAUUUAAACACUGAUGUCAUUGUAGGCUCAUAAUGGCCCAAGUGUGGUUAUACAAAAUUCAUUAUCAUUUAAUCUUUCUCCAAAAUGUCACUUUAGUUAGAUUCUUUAGCUUACAAUAUCUUUGUUCUAUUUUCAAAGCAAAAUAUGAUGUUGUAAAUUAAAACCAUUUAGCACAGACUGCUAUGAAUCUGCUAGAGGAACUGUUAGAUAUAUUUUUGGAAAUACAUUUAUUCACUUUCUUGUCGAGAAUUAAAGCUACAUGCAGCUUAGUUUAGCAUAAAGACUGGAAACAGCUAGCCUGACUCUGUCAAAUAUGAGAGCAUCUAACUCUCAGGAAAAAAGUGAAGUGUUCCUUUAAGUUAGUAUGUUAAUUUUGUGACAGAGGAUAUUAUAAUGUCCUGUAUUAAAAACUGACCUAAAGGCAAUCACUGUUGCCUUUGUGUAGCCUAGUCAGAAAGCGAGAGCAGUUUUUCUUCUCUUUUUUUUUUAGGUAAUUAGCAAUCAUGACCGAUUUUUCAAACACUGUACAAAUGUUGAGGUUUGAAUUUCCUGAUCUUGAGCAAUGUGUGUGUGUGUGUGUGUGUGUGUGUGUUAGAUGCUCACUGACCUUUUAGGACUGUAACUGCAUACAGAAGGGAUUCAGUGCAGCAGCCAGUGCAAGUUCACCUCAUCUUUGCUGUGCACAUACCACAAUAAAGUACCGUGGUGACAGUAUGAAUUAGUUCAAACAUCUUUGAAAAGUGUUAUUAGCUUGUACAGUAAACCAACAUGUAAAUCCAUGUUCAAAAAGUUAACUGUGGUCAGACUGGCUUUGUGUAAAAAGUCUUUGUGAACUGAAGAAGCUGGGAUGGAAUUUUUGGCAAUGAGAUGUAUUUAUUAACAGUACCUAAAGUUGUAUGUAUGUAUUUCAAACAGGUACUGUACUGUUGUGGUACAGUAUGCCACAUAA